AUGGCCAUGAGUGUAGAUCAUGAUGAUGGUGUUCACGCUGGUUUCACGUGGGAAAAUCAAUCAUGGAGUGAUAUCUUGAAUUCUGAAAACAUAGGUGAGAGUAGCAAACAAAAGUUAGAUAUGAAAUCAUUGAAGCGUAAAGAAGGACUUAAUGAAGGAGAAGUUCAUGUGAAUAAAAAACUAAGCAAAGGUAGGUGUGUGGUUAGAAGUGAGAAUGAUAUUGAUGGUGAAGGUAAAGAUGAAAUGUAUCGUGACUUUGAUCAUGAAAUGCAUAUCUUCACCGAGAGAGAAAGGAGAAAGAAAAUGAAGAACAUGUUCUCUACUCUUCAUGCUUUGCUUCCUGAACUACCUUCUAAGGCUGGUAAAUACACAAUUGUAGAUGCAACAAUGAAGAAAAUAAAAACCCUAGAGCAAACUAUUGAAAAUUUGGAAAAGGAGAAGCAAGAAAAGCUUAAAUAUGUAUCCCUAUUUGGAAGUGAGUCACCAUCUGUGAUAAAAAAAUCACAUUGCCACCCCUAUGAAUCCAAGGAAACAAUCAUAGCUGAUCAUGGAUCCUUAAAUUAUAAUAAUAAUUUUUCUAGUAGUCUAAUGGUAACUUCAUAUCCUAAUUCAAAAGCAUUAGGGCAAUCUGCACCUCCACUAAAUCAAGUAGCUUUUCAAACAUGGUAUUAUCAAAAUGUUGUCUUAAGUAUUUGUGGUGGUCAAGCACAAUUCUGCAUAUGUGCUACUAAAAUGUUAGGUCUUUUGACAAGAAUUGCUUUUGUGUUAGAAAAAUAUUGGAUUGAUGUUGUAUCUGCUAGCAUUACAUGCAAUGGAAAUGGAAAAUUCUACAUGAUUUUGGCUAAUGUUAGACAAUGUUUACAUGAUUCAAUUUCAAUGGAGGAAACUUACAAGCAAGCUGCUAGAGAAAUUAUGAUGUGGAUCUCUUAA